AUGCUGGGGUUGAGGGGAAAGAGUCUUGACAAGUUGCCUAUUGAGUUUAUGGCUGAGAUGGACCCGGUGCAGGCGGCGGUGAUCAAUCACACCUUUGGGGUCCCCGUAGCCAAGGCCAAGCGCCCCAUCAUCUCUUGCAACGUCUGCCAGAUCCGCUUCAAUUCGGAGAGCCAAGCUGAAGCACACUACAAGGGCAACCGCCACGCUCGGCGAGUAAAAGGAAUUGAGGCAGCCAGGACGCGGCAGAAGGAAUCGGGGACCCGUGAGGGAGACAAGCCGGCACCUGUGGGCAGCCCUUCCUCUAGCACUGGCGAGAGUGAUUUUGAUCGCACAGCUGAGCAGCUGAAUGGCCUGGGGAAUUUGGCAACAGUGCCCUCUGUGCCAGCUCCUUCCUCUCCAGAGAAGCAGCCCUGCCUGGCGCCCCCAGCAGCAGCUCCAGCACCCCACUCCACCCUCUGCCCGGAGGUUAGCCAGAGCUCCAAGAGUGGGCCAGCCUGGGGGACCAAAGUGGGAGAGAUCUCCACAGGGGUGGCAGCGGCGGCGGCACCACCACCACCAGCCACUUCAGGGGCAACUCCCCAAAGCAACGGAAGCACCAAACCUGACGAAGAGAAGGCCAAGAAGCUGUUAUACUGUGCACUCUGCAAAGUGGCCGUCAAUUCGUUGUCUCAACUCGAGGCCCACAACAAAGGUACAAAGCACAAGACUAUCCUGGAAGCACGCAGUGGGUUAGGGCCCAUCAAGGCAUAUCCACGCCUAAGCCCUACAGCUGGAGGGGAGCCAGGCAGCCAAGACCCUAGUGCUCAGGAGAGAACCUUCCACUGUGAAAUCUGCAACGUCAAAGUCAACUCGGAGAUUCAGCUCAAACAGCACAUUUCCAGCCGACGGCACCGAGAUGGAGUAGCUGGGAAGCCCAAUCCCUUGUUGAGUCGGCACAAGAAGCAGCGAGGCAUGGCAGAGCUGCCGGGCUCUCUGGCCUUCCCCAAGGAUCUUCCCAAGUCACUGGCAGCUGGAUUAUUGCCCAAUCCUCUGGCUGUAGCAGCUGCCAUGGCGGCCGCCGCUUCCACGCCGCUGACGCUUCGACCAGCUCCGACGCCACCCCUGUUGCAGGGCCCACCUCUGACGCACCCGCUCCUGCGUCCGGCCCCGGGACCCAUCCGAACUGCACACGGACCCAUCCUCUUCUCACCGUACUGAUGCAGACCGCCCACCCGCCUGCCUGCCAUAGUCCUGGGACUCUUAGCCCCACUGGAACCGCCCCCCCUGGCAACUAGCAACCAGUCCCAGCAAGGUCACACGGCGUCCAGUCCCAUCCAGUGGGAGCAUCUUACUCUCCUCCCUCUCUUCUUUUUUUUUCUUUUUAACUGGAAGUGGAGUUAUUUUCCUGAGAAGAGCAAAAGGGACAAUCCCACCCUUCCACAGACACACACACACACACACGUACGCAGGCCGGCUCUCAACCCCCAACUGGGGCCCCAGCCAAAUCCGCACAAGUGCUGGGUUCCCCCCAUGGGUUGGGGUGAGCUGUGUUUCCCUGUGUGUCUCUGUCUGUGCGUGUGUGCGUGCACAUGUGUGUGUCAGUCCCAUCUCCCGAGGUACGAAAGGUUGGGGAGAGGCAUGGCCUCCCCGGGACUCUGUGGAGCAUCGAAAGGGGGAGGCAGUUCUGGUACCUCAGGGACUGAUCAGCAAGCCAUUUCUUUUCAUCCCAGAGCUAAGGAAGGGGGAGUCUCCCCCCCCCGACUCAUACAAGCCAUUGUCCACUUGCACUGAGAGGUGGGGUGUGUAUGUGUAUGUGUGUGCAGGACAGAAGACAGGGCCUCUGGAAAAAAGAGCCCCUACUGCAAUAAUGCUGGCCGGCACCUCCAUGUACAUAUCUCCCCCCUGGGUUUCCUCACUGGCCCUUCCCUGUGCUGGUCCCGCCCUCACUGCGCUUCCAUGCAACCAGAGCCCCCUCCCCAUCAUGGGGGGGGAGGCCCUCUCACUGCUGCACCUCGACAAGAGACUGACAGAGCAAGUACUGUGCUCCCAUUUCCUGUUCCCUCCCAUUCUUCCUGCACUAGACGGCAGACAGAAGACAUAACCCAUUCAGCCGCGCUUUUCCCAUCCGGAGGAAUCCAGAAGCCUUCCUCCUCUGAGCUGAAGAAAGGGUGGCCUCGUCGCCAAGCCUGCCCGUGAUCUGAGGGCUCAGGGGCUGCUCCUUGGUGGAGAAGGGUGGGGAUCUCUCUCCUUAAGAGCCACUUGCAUCUCUUUCUGCCUGUGGCUUAUUUGUGCUGUUGCCAUGGUAGCACAACAUCUCUCUCUCCCUUGCCGUCCGCCCCCUUUUUACUGUGCAUACAGAGUUGGGUUGCCAUCUCUGCACGCCUUUCUUGAGCGGGUGGGACAUGAACCAAGAGGCCAGGUGAUACUUUUUCCUGGAGAUUUUAAGCAGCCCCAUCCCUUCUAAAGCCCAGCACCACCCAGAGUGCAUAAAAUCCCAGAUGCUUGUUAAAUUCCCUGGCACACAUCCUAGUUGGCACCUGUCAGUGGACUCUGUGUGUGUGCGGGUUUGUAUGUGUUUGUGUGUGCGUGUGCAUAUGUGCAUUUGCAUGUGUUGAUUAAUCCAACAAUAGAGUCCAUUUCUCUCUCGCUCUCUUUACACAUGCAUACAUGCACACACAUACAUAUACACACCCACCCACCCACACAGACACAAUGCGGCCUGCAGUUUCCCAUCUACCCAAGCAGAAGUACAAUGCAAGGCUGUGAAUAACACCCUGCGGCCCAGGGAGGAAGGUCUUCCAUGGCAUGGCCGAUGCACUGCUACCCAUUAUUCUCCCUUCUCCUUCUGCUCCUCUACAAAACUGUGAUUGAUGUUCAGAGCAAUAGAGAAACUGGCGUGUAGGGGGGAGAAGGGGGCCUACCCUUCCCCCCAACUGGCAUGAAACACGCCAGACCUGCCCCAUGUUACCUCAAUCCUUGGAACCUGCAGGGCAACCUGUCCUUCUCCGUCCACCCAUCUCCAGGGGUCCCUUUCCACCCCCAGAGUGUCUGUCUGCCCACCAUCCAUUCACCCAUGCUAGACUCUUGCCCUGCUCUGCCCCUCCCCGCCCCCCCCCCUUGCUGACAUCCAGAUUGCCUUUCUGCUUCAUCCCUCAUAGCACCUUCGACUCCUGCCCUUGCCUCCCUCGCCCUUGACAACAAUAAAAGGAGUGA